UGAUGAUAAAUCAUCUAAAUGUAUGUUUACUUGUAUUGGGCAGUGUCCAACGAUCGUAACCGAUCAUGAGCAGACCUUUGUCUGCACUCCUGUCUUUUGUGAUUUUGUCGGCUGCAGUGAGAAGUGAAAACUACUUCUGCAGUCAUAAGCUAGAGGAAAUUGAGAAUGAUUAUCUGGGAAACAUCACUACUCGAAUGCCGUGGGAAUCUCAUUAUUCAAACAACAUGAAAUGUGAAUGGAGGAUUAAUGCUGGAGUAUUUUUGAGAAUUAGAAUCACAUUUACCAAAAUUGACUUGGAACAACUCACUCCUGGAUCACCUUGUGAAGAUGGAGACUUUCUGAGUAUACAAGAAGGUUACUAUGAGUUUUCUCCCAUCACACUGAAGGUUUGCCCUGGACAAACUAAUCCCUAUGAAGUCAUAAGUAGAUAUGGUUAUCUUCGACUGGUGUUCAAGUCCAAUCAAAAUAACUUCCUGAAUCAUGAUGGUAUUGAGAUGAAAUUUGAGAUUUUCAAUCGGACAGAGUGCCCACCUGAUUGGAUAAAUGGUCCAGUUGAUAUCUAUCUACAUGCACCCACAGUGACCUGUUUCCGUUUCCAGACAGGCACAGCUGGUGGGAUGGACUUCCUCUCAGCUCAGAAUUUCUGUGCCUACAGCCAAAGUAACCUGGUUAGGAUGAGAACCAAAAAUAUGUUUGAUUUUGUGAUUGAUUUAGUAAAGAAAAAUGGAUUGGUGUUUUACAUGUGGGUAGGUCUUACAGAUAAGAAAAGAGAGGGAACUUUCGAGUGGCUGGAUGGCACCAAAUUCAAUUCCAUGGCCAGGAUGUCUUCUGUCAAUGACAAGAACAAGAACUGCGUUUUGAUGAGUGUUCACUCCCAGUCUUACAAAGUAGUGAGCUGUGACGAAACUCACUUCUACAUAUGUCAGCUAUACCUUGAGGACAAGUACAUCCAUUUGGUACAAACAGAGGACACAAAUUAUGUUGGAAAAGGUCCUGUCUUCGAGUUUAGAGAACUGAUCUGGAUAAUAAUUGGUGGUGCACUGGCUGUUGGUACAAUAGUAAUUUGUAUAUCCGUGCUAAUAUAUAGAUCUAAAACAGAAUAUAUAAAUGCCGACUACAGUUCACGCCAGAUGGAAGGUCACAGGUCAAACUUGACGCAGGGACAAUGUUCAAAUCGGACAGGACAGGACGUUGAGGUAUUGCAUGCCCGCCUUGUUCAGCCUUCAACAGAAUCACAGAUAGAAUCCUUAGGGAACCAUCAACCCCUAUCACAGCCAUCAGCGCCUCCUUUAAGUGAAUUGCAACCAGUUUUAGGACCCCAGUGUUCUGAUCAAGAUGCCCCUCCAUCCUACUGGGAAGCUGUAUAUGCUUCUUAAUUGAUUAUCAUCUCAUUUUUCAUAAGGGCUGUAAUAGCUAAGUUGGUAGAACAACCUGAGACAAAUGGGUCCAGUCAAUUGGACCCAAAUGGUCUCAUACAAAAGUCAGAUAUAAUAGAAUCAAUUGCAUGUAUUCUUUAAUGGCUGGAAAAGUAUCUUACGAUAUUCAUGAAAAAAAUAUUAUCAAAGGGUCUCAGAUUUUCCCCUCAAAGUUUGAAAUAAUUCAAAUUUGGUUAGAGUUGUAAGUAUAGGAUGACAAUUUGAUGGUAUGUACAUAUCAACCUAACUAACCUCCAGCAUCUGAUGUGCAGGUUCAAAAGGAAUCAAAUUUACUCAAAUUUAAAAAAUCUUGAUUCUUCUCUUCUGCUUUUCCAGGCUAUAACUUCAAAAAUGUUCAACUCAACUUCACAAAACUAUGAAAUAAGUGUGUUAGCUGUGUUUUUUAACUUAAGUCAAUAUUUGAUUCUUUAUACUUUUUCUGUUACCAUGGAAACAUAUUAAAAAAACUAAAAGCUAGUGUUAACUUUCCUUUCCGGGCUAUAACUUCCAAACCAUUCCACUCAACUGCACGAAACUCUGUUUAUAUAGUAGAUUAGUGCUCUAGUCAAAUUUUUUCCUGUUACCACAAAUAACUCUCAUCACAAAUUUCAGUUUUUCUGUACCAUUGCUGUUUUCUGUUACCAUGGAAACAGAUAUGCCAAAUUACAAAGCUCAGUUUUUUUCAGACCAGUUCUAUUAAACCAUUCAAGGUAAUUACCUGGUACUCAAAACUUUUCUCAGGCAUGAUACCUUGUGUAGAACAAUUAAAAAUAACAAAUAGAAAUUAAAGUUGUUGUAAUAUUAAUGUAUAUAUUUGAUUGUGUGUCUUUCUUUUAAACAGUGGGGCUCGGAGGAUAAUGUCACAUUUUGUGUAAUCUUGUUUAUAAAGGAAAACAACAUUCUUUAUACAGGAUGGCAGUUAAUGUGAUGUUGAGUUGAAUUUACAUUUUCAUUAUAUGGACAAUGUUGUUCUUGUUGUCUGACUUUGUUAACAAGAUGAUUUCUAUGACGUUACUAGAACAACAACGGUAUAUAUAGAAUUUGUGUGACUGUUAAGGCCCUUUAGGCCUCUUUUUGUUUUAUUAUUGAUUUUGGAUAAAGUGAAUUGAAUGCUGCCUUUAUGACUUGGGGAGGGCUGAAGUUCACCUCACUUCCAUUUCACAAUAGCCACAGGUACUGUUAUGCUCAGGUGAUUGUAAAAUUUAUAUAUUACUACACUUCAUCAGUAUUGCAAACCCAUGAUUUUCUCAUUUCAGCCUGUAUAGUUGGUAAUAUUAGCAGGGGAUUGGUACUUGUGAUAUGCCCAGCCAUCAAAGAUAGAACAAAAUUAAAUGAUUAGCAAACAUUUGACAUAUAUCAGAGUAUAAAGAAAUGUAUGUUGCUUGCCUAAGAAUAGCCAUGUAAUUGACAUGCCCAAAAUUUAGUACCCAUGUAUGCACCUUUGCUGUUAUCACCGCAAAUUGCUAGCCCUUCUUAAUCAAACAACUACAUAUACGUUAUUAAAGGGUUAAACACUGAAUUAGGGUUAAGUGUCAUGGUUGUGUCCUUGAGCAAGACAGUUAACUUUAAUUGCUCUGGAUAUCAUAUGAUGGGCCCUCCAUAUGUUAUUCAGUAAGGUAGUCACCAGCUAUAAGGAGACACCAAUUCCAAAUAAUCCUGUAUGUUCCAGGGUGAUAAACCUAACAAACAACAAAUGUAAUCCCACACUUUUGUUAGGGUUUUUUGUUAUAAUGAUAUACUGUGUAUAUUAAGUAUUAUUUACCAACACAUAUUGUGCAGAUAUUAACUGUUUUUACCUACCAGUAUUUCAAUAUAAUACUCAUAUUUUCUCACCAGCUGGAUGUAUUGGAUAGUGAUUAUAACCUUUCAUUAGGAAUGAAGACCAUGGCUUUCUGAAUUUCUAUCUUAUAGGUCAAUUUAUUGCAUAGAGAAUGACAGAGUCUAUAAUUGUUUUUUACACUUUGAAGUUUCUUUUUAUAGGAAUAAUUUAUUCUUAUUUUUGUGUAUGUGUGUGGUGUUGUGGUUUUAAUUCAAUCUUACAAGUUUAAUUGAACAUUUUUCUUACAUUUGUGUGAAAUCUUGUUCCAAGAAAUUGAAUACCUGAAACACUGUAUAAGAUCUUCUUGUGAUUCUUAUCAAUGCUUUGUUCAGUACCCUGUAAUAUUUUUUGUUGUUACUGUAUGUUAAAGUAUACAUUCAUGUUUUACACCUAUAUUUUUGAAGUGUAUUGUCUUUGUUGUUACUGUAUGUUUAAGUAUACAUUCAUG